AUGAUCUCCACAGUAAUACAUUUACUCUUUGUCACGGCAUUCUUUGAACUUGUAGAAUCACAAGAUCAAAAUCAUAGAGUCUGUAUGAUCGACUUUGGUGCGAUAGAUAUGGAUACAAAUGCGAAAUACAUGACCAAGUCAUGGGAUUGUUAUGAUCGGAUACCAAAUCCAAAGAAUGAGGUUUUAGCAAUGAAUUUGGAUUUGGCGUGUUAUGUCCAUGAAAAUAUGAUGUUCCUUCAUAAAGCUUCAAGAACAGUAAACAGAUGUGGGCAAUGGCUUCAAAUCAUCGGCCCGUCACAAAGUCAAAUGAAUUGUAUGAUAGCUGGAUACCGUAAUUACGACAGACCAAAUUUAACUGAUGACAAAGAGGAGAGACUCAUAAGUGUAACUCCACAACUAUUCACUACUUUUACAGGCGGUUUUGAAAACCAAGCUGAAGAUAUGACACAAGUGACUGUUUCAUUCAGUGAUAUUGGAAUAUCUGCAACACCAACACUUUUUGUUCUUAACAGAACCGAAACUGAAGUAAAUGUGCAAAUAGUGAAUGCCAAUAAAGUGCAAUCAAUGAUCGGAUUUGGUCGAAUCUCAACAAAAGAAUUGUUGUAUUAUAACAAGAAUCUUGAUGACACAUUCACUCUUCCUUUAUACAAUGAGAAUAUUUAUGUUUCGUUAAUAGCUUUGGACAGUGAAAAUAUUAAUAUUGAUAAUAUCAAUUUGGCCACUGGGGAUCGAUAUGUGUCAGGUGUCAGAUUUGAACAAAACAAGAUACUCAAGUGCAAGUUCUUUACUGAAACGCAAGUCUUUGAAGAAGGCAGUACAUUUGAAGAAACCAUGUUUUUUAAAUGGUAUAUUAAACAUAUCAAAAUGGACGCUACAGGAACAAUGUAUGACUCUGCACUUGCAAAUAUAGUGUUGAACAUUGAAGAAACUGAAACCAAAUUAUCAUUUUUCUAUCCAACUGAAAUUUUGAUGAAUAACGACUUCAGAGAGUUUAUUUUUAAAUUCAGAAUCACCAACUUUGAAGGAUUUAUGUUGAAAAGAGCCGAUUUGGAAUUGACUAAAAACUAUCAACAAAUCGACGAAGAAAACACCGAAUACACCGAGCAGAACUUGAAAACAAAAAUGACAAUCAACGAAACUUCUGGUGAAGUGAAAAUAAGAGCUCUAUUUAGCAAAAAAAUCAAGUUGUUUUCAAAUACUGUUUCUUUUGUAUUUGGUACAUCAAUAGGAAGUAAAAUUUCGAUUGGAACAUCUUAUCUUAUCAGAUCCGACAUAUAUGUUGAUCAACCAGAUUGUAACAGUACUUCUUUUGAUUGUGAACAUACAGAAUGUCUUACUUUAGAUAACGAUACGGUUCAAGACGGUCCAAAUCCAUUCACUAAAGAAUGUCGACCAACAUGUGGGACCUGUUUUGAUGUUUUCAAAUGUUCUACAUCAGGAAAAUGUGUCAAUGAAAAGGUAAUCAAUCUUCGCAGCAGCAGCCUUAGUAUCUUCUCAUCAUUAUUCCUCAUUCUCUUGGCUCUAUUUUUGUAA